CGAUGGCAAAAAUCUUGCGCCCAUGGACAACUCGGACGACCUGAUCUCGCUGACGCUCAAGCAGAGUGGUUGGACCGGAGAUGUUGCACCUAUGGCGUCGAUUUCCGCGCCAGAGUUGGUCGAGCUCGUGACGUGGGGGUUUGCUCAAAUCGAGAAUGCUCAAGAACCGCUCAAGUUCGAAUUCCCGAAGGGCGUGGCGCAGCGUCACCGCCUGGCCGCGUCCUUGGCAGAACGGCUUAAGGCCCUUGGAUAUACGCACGAUUGUGGGUACAACCACCUGCUCUACCCCACCGAGGUGGACUCUCGUCGAAUGCUCCAGUGGAUUAUCCAAAAGCUGCCAAAGGUGGAGAAGGAAGUCAUCGACGUCGACACCCCUCGUCUUCAGUUUCGCCAGAGCAUGCACCACGCCUUGACGCAGUGGGCCACGCUUCAAUAUACUCCUUCAGUCCACCAUCAUCGUCCACGCCACCGCACGUCCAUGUUGCCCGCCGAGUGGCUGAAACCUGGACGCGCCAACCCAGCUCGUCGGGGUUACAUUGCGUCCAAGCAACCGUUGAUCACUGACAGCACGUUGUGUCCCCUGCACAAACAGCGAUCUCUUUUGGAGCUCAACGCACUGGCACUAGCCCACGACUCGUCCCGAGAUGCCCUCCUUCAUCUUCUUCACACUUCAGAGCACGCGCCUUCAGUGCCGACAGCGGCGUUCGAGUCGAUCGUUCAGGCUGCGUUUGAGUCUGCCAGCCAGCCCGCUCACCAGCAGGACGCACAUCAUCUCCCCACGGAACACCGCAGUCGUGCCCUUGACAAGCCCAACGGCCCAACCGCUAUCCCCAUCUUGGCUUCAACUACGUCGUCGCUGUCCAGUGCUGCGUCUACACCCUCUGUCGACGCUGGUAUCACAGACGCCAAGGAAGCCUCUGUCGACACCCGUACCCAAGAUGAACUCCAAGCCAUGGACAUGGAGCUCAUUCAGCUCCGGGAACGCUGUGCAGCGAACGAGGCGGCGUGGCAUGACUUGCAAGCCGCCUGUGAAGACCAGCGCAACGUGAAUCGGCAGAUUGAAGCGCGGUCGGCGGUCAAAAUGGACGACUUGCGAGACGUGCAGCAAGAUGUGGCCAUCCGCCACCAAACCCUCGACAUGUUAGCCGACGCCUCCAACAACAUUGCCAAGUUGCAGGACAUGUGCGCCAAGAGCUCGGCGCACUUGAUGGCGUUGGCGGAAGAGUGGGAAUCCCAUCGACUGCCGCUCGUGCAAGAGCUGGAAGCGCAUGCGGCGACGCAAGUGCACCGCGUCGAGCAAGCCAAGGCCCUGGAGGCAGAAACGACGCUGUUUCAAGCAGAAACCAAAGCGUUGGGGGAAACGUUGGUCGAAAAGCAGGCGCAGCGGCACUUGUUGGAGCGAAAGUACGACGCGAUGGCCAAGGGGAUCAAUCGUAGCAUGUACACCCUACGUAUCAUGGACAUUAUCAAGCAAGUGCACAAGCAAAAAGCGGACAUUCAAAAGGUUGUCAAGGACAUUCGGUCCGUGCACAAACAAAUCAACGUGUCGUCCGAGAAGCUCAAGCGCAGCGAAGCGAUUGUGGUACGAUCAAUCGACCGUGUUGGCUGGGGAAGCCGACGGGGUUUGUAGGAGGAGCGGCUGUUCCAAGCGGCCAAAGACGACAAACUCCGCCCCGAGAAGAAGAAGCUGUACAUUGAAUGCUACCGCCUCUUUACGACCAUCCGAGAGCUGUUUGACCAACUGAUUGCGUACGACUGUGUGCCAUGUUAUACCUACACGAGUCAAGAUGGCACGCACGUGUAUGUAGGUGCGUGGCGGAGGCCGGCAAGCGAGACUACCAAUGCCGCGACCUCGAGAUUUGGAUCUCCCAGAUGGCCCACCACGUCAACCUAACGAAUCUGGACCGUAUCCACCAAGACAUGACCCAAGUCAAGCACGAGAACCAAGCGCUCAUGCACGAGAUCCAGGCCAUCUCGAUGGCCACGCCUUGAGAAUUGCUCCGAUCUCCGUGAAAUAGUAACCUGUCAUUGGCUAAUUAUUUGCCAAUCCGUUAGUGAAACUUGUGGAGCUUGAGCAUAUGGUCCAAUAAAACGUAGUCUAGGAAUAUGAUUUCGACCAAUG